AUGACGCUGUGGACUCAUUUGAAGGUGAAGAAAACAUAUGUACACCCCCAGAAGUCAAAGACUGAAAGAGACGAUAGCAAGAACUUACCCUCCGAAUCUGAGAAGGUCAAGCCUACGUCCAUGGAUGCCAUGGACUCCAUAGGGAGGCGUGUCAGGCAUGACGGCCGGAAGAAAAAGAAGUCCUCGCUCCUUCAGAGCGAGGAGUAUGAAUUUUACACCCCCGCGCUCAGAAGGAAAAGAGCUCUAUCUCAACAGACACAUGACAGUAACGAUGUUAUGUACACACAGAAUAAGAAGAUGAAUCCCGGGAAAAGCAACGGCCAGCAGCUAAAACAGCUCAAGGAGGACUUGAUCAAUUUUCAGGCAGAAACAGAUCGAGUUACACAGAAUAUAGUAGCUGAUUUUGUAAACAGUACUCCUGAGACAGCCAAGUUGGUGAAAAUCAAGGACAUACUUCUAACGCAGAAGUAUCUUAAAUGCCUUACAACACCAGAUCAAUCCUCCUUUGCAGCUUGGGUGGAUGACGAUGUACUCGAUGCGGCAAUUGAACUCCUACGUUUCGACGGACUAGAAGGUGUACGAGAUCAUGGUACCAUGUAUGUCGAAAGGUCUACCAUCGUCAACAUCCUGAAGAGAGAUGGCACAGUCCCGAAUUGUACCUUGGAUGUUUUAAGCGGCAAAUCAGGCACUAAAUGGGGAGAUAACUACCUGCAACAUGACAUGAUUUUCCUACCUUCAAAUAUUCCCAAGAACCACUGGUUCCUGGCUGUUGUCAACUCCCAAAAGAGGGAGAUUCAAAUUCUGGACUCACUCCAAUCACGCAACAACCGCAAAGAAGUAAUUGCUGCGCUUCUUGGAAUGGAAACACAUAUUGAUAUAGCAGUGAUGCAAAAUGGAAUGCAAGGAAGUACAUGGCCGGACACUCAAGUGGCUUCGUGGCCUAUCAAAGACUAUGAAGUGCCACAGCAAACAGAUGGCUGUUCCUGUGCUCUCUGGGUGUUGAAAUUCAUCCAAUAUUGGACCGGAGUGAGAUUGUCGGCUAUAUUCAACCAGGAUGACAUAAGACAGUUCAGAAGAUGGCUUGCUGCUGCCUUGCUCAAUUCACCUCACAAUGAGUUGAAAGUUCGGAAGGCCAUACCAGUAGUUGAUUUAGAAGAUGAUUUAGAAGACCUCGACCUCGGAGGUGACGACGGACACAACGACAGCGGAGAUGUCUCAGGAGACGAUGGUUCCGCACUAUAGUUGUAUGGCCCUAGACUUAGGGUAGAGUUAAUAGGAUUGGGCGUGGUGUGGUUUUUGCCCCGAAGAAGGUUUCCACACCGUUUUCAGUUUUAUUACUUUAUCUAUACAGCGGAGAUGUAUCAAACAAUUUUUUUGGUUGUGCUACUUCA